CGACAACGGCGGCAUCAACAACGAAUAGGGCGGUAGUGGGCUUAAACGUGGAGGACGAUGAGAAUCUUCUUUAGGAACACACCAAGGUCAUUUGCUCUGGUGUCGAACGAAUACGCGCUUACAUUGCAAGCAGUUAGCCCUUCUGAAUGCCUUAUCGACUUCCAAAGAGCGUCACAUUCUUCAUUGGAAGGGUAUACAGAGAUUGUGUCGCAGUUGUUCCAUGGGUUGAUUGGGAUAUUGUCCACCAAGAACCAGUUGUACUUUGCAGUGAUCACUGAGCAGCUACAGGUUGGAUCUCCGCGUCCAUCUGAGGCUGUUUAUAAGAUAAGGGACUUGGAGUUCUAUUGCUUAUCAUCAUCCGACUAUGAUUCGUUGGUAACAAACAGGUUCAGGAGUGAGAAUGCUGCCCAGAGGUAUGAGAUUGAGCACCCAUGCUCAAAGAUCAAGAAGGUGUUCACCAAGGGGUUCCACUACUCGAGGGAUUUCGAUCUGACGAACGUAUUGCAAGAACGUGGGCUGGCACAGAGAGAUUAUCAUCAGAUGUUCAACAACUACGAGAAGAAGUAUCUUUGGAAUAGUACGUUGAUCAGAGAGCUCUUGGCCUUCAGGAACAGAAUUACACAGGAUGAAAGAGACGCAUUCGAUAGGUCUGAGUUCCUGACAUUUCUCGUGCGAGGGUUUGUCAAGACCUUUAACGUAUCACUUGACGGUGAUGAUGACUCUUUGAUAACGUUGAUCUCAAGAAUCUCUAGUGCAAAGUUAUCUGGGCCAUUUGGGAUUGGUGGUGUCGAUGAGGAAGGCCAUGUCUCAAACUUCAUUGAAACUGAGCUCUUAGUCUAUAACAAGAAUCAUUACUUUUCCUAUUCUCAGCUGAGAGGUAACGUUCCCUUGUUCUAUGACGUUGAGAAUCCAUUUCUACAGAACAAGAAGAUCAGCUUCCCAAGAACAUCUGAGGUUAACGAGAUGAGUUUCGAUAAACAUUUUGGCUCUAUAACUGCCAGUCACGGUCAAGUCUACGUUGUCAAUGCCCUCAAGAAUAAAGCUGGCGAAGAGGAACUGAGUAAUCGCUAUCGGUAUCUUGUGAAGAAGAAAGGGCUUCCAUUAAUUGAUGCCGAUAUAACGAGAGAUGCGUUAAAGAAGUCGCCUCAUAAGCUUAUCUAUCUUUUGAAGGAGGCCAUCCUGGAGAUUGGUGCGUUCUGCUAUGAUAUCAAACAAAAGGUUUACAUUGGAAAACAGUUGGGUAUCUUUAGAAUCAACUCCUUAAACUCGAUUGAGAAACCUGGUCUCAUUGAAAAGGUAAUCAGUAAAGAAGUUAUGGAUAUCUCACUUCGAGAGAUGGGGUUGCCUCUUUCAAGUGAUUUACUGGUCAAGCACAAUUUGUUAUGGGAUGAAAACAAUAGUGCUUUGCUUCAAAUCUAUGAGAAGUCCAUACGACGUAAGGAUAAAAAGCUGUACGUUGGCGUCGCUUCAAACGAUAUAAGGUUGAUUGAUCCGAUCCAUGAUUUCAUUUGUGAGGAACUUCUAAAGAGGAAAUCGGAGUAUUCCAGCAAGAAGACAAUCAGGUUGUUUACAGGCACUUUUAACGUCAAUGCUGAAACGACGGAUGAAGAUCUGUCGUCGUGGAUAUUCCCACACCAAGAUGAGGUAUACGAUCUUGCGGUUAUUGGACUGGAGGAGGUUGUUGAGUUGACCACGAGUCAAAUGCUAAACACCAGUAGUUUACAGAAGAAGAAAUGGGAAUACAAGCUGAAGAAAACUCUAGGACAAAGAAACCGGUAUUCAUUAGUCUCGUCUGAGCAAUUGGGUGGUAUUGCACUGAUGAUAUUUAUCAGAGAAGAUCAAAUUGAUCAGAUCAAAGAAGUCGAGUCGUCUCUAAAGAAGACUGGAAUGGCUGGAAUGUCUGCGAAUAAAGGAGGUAUAGGUUCAAGCAUACUUUAUUCAUCAACCAGAUUGUGCUUUAUAUGUUCACACCUUGCAGCUGGUAUGGAAAACGUUGAACAGAGACACAUAGACUAUAAGACAAUUGCACAGAGCAUGAGGUUUGGGGGUAAACGCACUGUUAAAGACCACGAUGCUGUGAUAUGGUUUGGUGAUUUCAACUACAGAAUUGACCUUAACAACGAACAAGUGAGAGAUGCAAUCCAAAGGAAACAAUACACAGUCUUGUUUGAGCACGAUCAGCUAAACAAGCAGAUGAUUUCAGGGGAAUCGUUCCCAUAUUUUAACGAGAUGGAGAUCAAAUUCCCACCAACGUACAAGUUCAAUAAGGGGACUUCCCACUACGAUACGAGUGAGAAAUUCCGUAUCCCAGCAUGGACUGAUCGAAUCUUGAGCAAGUCCCAUGAGGGUACACUCAUGCAGUUGUCAUACGGCGACGCACCGGAUAUUAAAUUCUCAGAUCAUCGACCUGUGUAUGCUACAUUCGAUGCAACAGUUGUUGUGAUUGAUGAAAAGAAGCAAGAUAGGUUGACAAAAGAGUUAUACGAGAAGAGGAAAUUACAACUCUUGGGCCAACCGUUGACGAUAGGCAACGGUGGCAUUGGCGAUCAUCAACAACAGCAGCUACAGCAGCAGCAGCAACAACAGCACCAACCUCAUCAACAUCAACAGCCACAGCAGCAGCAACAACAGCUGACACCCACAUUGGUAUCACAUACGUCAAGGGCACACGGACUACCACCUCCAAGCACUGACCGAGUUAAAUGGUGGUUGGACGGAGGUGUCAAGGUGACUGUUCCGUCCAGCGAGGGAAAGACCAAAGUGAACCCCCAUAGGGAGAUCAACCCGUUCAUAGAUAGUGACAUCCCUGAGUUCAUUAUCUAGGCUUCUAUUCAUUUCUUGAGAUCCUGUGACUCCGACGGUUGAGGUUGAGCAAUGUCUUCAGCCUCUUGUAGUAAAGCAUCCAGAUGCUGCUCUAAGGAAUCCAGCAUCUUUUCCAAUUCAUCUGCUCUCUUCUCACCUUCAUUGAGCCGUUUCAAAGCAUCCGCAAAUGUCUCUUUGAACUCCUGUGAUUGGUCUUCUUGAGUCAUUCUAUGAGUAUCUAUGUGUGUCUUCUUUGCUUGUUGAAGCGUUCAAUGUUGAUGGAAGUGGGAAGAAGUAGACGGGC